GAACAGCGGGCACCGAGUCGUCUGGCAAGACAGUGGGCUCCGAGUCAACAGGCACGACAGUGGGCACCGGGUCAUCAGGUAUGACAGCGGGCACUGGGUCACCAGGCAUCAGGUCAUUUGGCUUGCCAGCGGGCACCGCGUCAUCUGGCAAGGCAGUGGGCACCGGGUCACCAGGUAUGACAGCGGGCUCUGAGUCAAUUGGCACGACAGCGGGCACUGGAUCAGGUACCGGAUCAUCUGGAUCAACAGCGGGCAUCAAGUCAACUGGCCUAAUAGGAUCCGACAUCAGGCUGAAUGCAGGCAUCAGGCUGAGGAGAGGCUUCAGGCUGAGGAGAGGCUUCAGGCUGAGGAGAGGCUUCAGGCUGAGGAGAGGCUUCAGGCUGAGGAGAGGCUUCAGGCUGAGGAGAGGCAUCCGGCUGAGGAGAGGC